ACUGGAUCGAUGAUAUGGAGUUCAACAUAUCUCAAGAAUUAUGUAUACAACAUUUAAAGUUGAAAAAGACAAAAACAGCAACAUAUAUGACUAAAGAUGAGCAUCAAAACAAAAUCUAAUGCAAACAAACAACAAUGUGGGGACAUAAGGGCUAUGUAGAGAUUAAACAGCCAGCAAAGCUAAGAGGAAAGGCGUUGGGCAGGGUAUGGAAACGCAAAUGGAUUAUCAUACAUCGAAUGAACGAUAUUUCAACCAAGAAAUCAGUCGCAAAAUUGGAAAUUUUCAACACAGCCGAAGAUGAACCUAAACCAAAGUACGAAAAGACAGUCUUGUAUCUAGAGAACGUUUCCGUCAUUCGGAAAACGAAAUCGCGCACACACCCAUACGCAUUCGAAGUGUGCGAUGCGGUUGGGUGCCUGCUCUAUCUCGCCGGGGAGAGUGAGACAGAUUCCCAGACCUGGAUAUCCAAGUUGAGGCAAAUAUUUUGGCCGAGUAAAGAUUCGUCAACUCUAAAACUUGGAACAGAUACCUGCUUUCCUGUUGCCCUCGUAGACAACGCUCAUUCCGAGAGGCUAGGGUUUAAUGGAAACUUCAUCUUGGGGAUCUUCCCCACGUCUCUCAAGCUCUUCAAGCCGGACGACGGGAGCCUGAUCUUUCAAUUGCAGAUGGGAGCUCUCAGAAGAUUCAUGAUCGAGGACAAAUGCCUGCCCGUCGACCAAAUGUCGAUACUGAAAAUACAAGAAGGACCAGACGAAAAAUGUGAAUAUCAAUUUUACACAACUGAAGCCCCUAAAAUACUGAAGACAAUCUACGACAAUAUUCAACAAUGUAUGAAUAGCUUGGACACUAAACCUACCAUCGAACAUGCCAAUAUAAAUAGAGGUGCAAUAAAUCAGAUGUCGCCAACAUCCCAUUCUGUGAUCAAACCUGACAAUAAACGAAAUGCUGAACCUGCCAUUGCACUAUCGUCAAGUGACGAUACUACAGCGUUACAAGGGGAAAAUUAUAAUGUAAACCAAGACUUGAUGAAGUCUGUGCGUUGUGAAUCUAGCCUUUCUAAUGCAUCGUCUGCUUCGUAUGAUAGCAGACGGUCUUCAGUUGGAUCGUUGAAUUCUUCAAUGUCGUCAAAGUGUCAAUCACACGAAAGCCCUCUUCCAAACAUCCCUGUUUCGGUUGACGAGACUCGUCAAACAAGUUUUGAGUUUAAACGUGAUUCAAAAUCAUUGCCGCGUCAGUUACCCAAACUUCCUUUGGAUGGUCAGAUGGAGUACAAUGAGUUAACUUUUGGUAGUCUUAAGCAUAGUUUUAGGAAGAGACGAGGACUGAGUGAUGUCAGUCAUAUGGAUUAUGGUCAUGUCAAAUCAGGCCAACAAAGUAAAUUUAGAAACUCUAAUUCUGACAUAAACCUCAAGGCAAUGGACCAAUCAAUGACAAUGUGUUACCCUGACUCAGUAUUGCUUUCUCCAUUACCCAAAUCCCCCGCCCUUCCCUGUAAAGAUCGUGGAUUUUCUGUAUCUUCCGGAACGUCACAAGUUUCCCAGGCAUCUACGUGUAGCAGUGGGCAUGAUUCUGGUUUUAUCACGACUCCAGAUGUCAAAUGGACGAACUUGUUUGAUGAUUCUUUCACUGCGUCUGAUGACACCGGUGACCACCACUUCUUUCCCGACAGUAAACCAGUCGUCGUUGAUACACUGGAAGAAGUUGGGACUAUUAAACCAAUUGAUUCAGAUGAAGAACUAUACGAAGAACUUGAUCAAUACACGACUGAAUCUUAUUGUGAGCAUAAUAGAAAAACUGAAACAUUGCCGAACCCUCGCAAAACAGAUACCAUAGUUGGAAGAAGGCGAGCAUCGUCUUGCGAAGACUUGGCAACUGCAAAGGAGGUAAUUUAUGAAGACUUAGACGGAUUUAGAAAAGAUGUAACUAAGUUGCUGGGCGUCGAGGGACUCAAGUCGAGCGAUGGUGGCACUAGGAGUACAAUAUUAAAAUCUAGUAUUGUGAAUAAACGGUCGAAAGGCGACUAUGAAGAAGUGACCAUGAGAAGUCACAGAAAGGAUGUUACCAAGCUACUUGGUAUGUCAGAGCUUACAGUUGCACCUACCCCACCUGCUCUUCCCAAGCGUCCCAACUCAUUAAAUGUCCCUAAAACGCCUACAGGAUUGAAGGCGAUAUUUGGCGGUAGCGCGUCACCGAGAAUGAAGGAAAAAACUCAAAGUGCCGCCACAACACCUAAGUCUGCUCCUAUCAUACAAAAGCUUAACACGUGGCCUAUACAUAGCCAAGGACACAAUGCAGAUCAUGAUGAAACUGAGGAUAUCAUCAUUGAAGCUCAAGAAGAAAACAAACUUGUCCAAGGAAGUGACACUAACGCCUCAUUUGUUGACAAUGCUUUAUAUGAUCGAAGACGAUCAUCCAGUCUGUCGCCUUCAUUCAGUCCUCUAUCGCUCAAAAUAAAAGAUGUCACUGUAGACGUUAAGCUGGAUGAGACAAAAGACGAUAAUGAUAUUUCGAUUCCAGAUGAAUCGGUGAAUCUGUUGCAACUUGAUGAUAAUGACGACAUUACACCAUUUGACCCAAUCAGUAUUAUGGACCCUAUGCCCUCCAGACAAGUUGUUGAUUUGUUGACUGGUGAUUCCGUACCUCAAAUCACUGAUACACUCGUACCUCUUUUGCCAAUUAAAGCCAUCGACCAGUUCCUUGUUCCUGAUAUCAUAACGACGCCAAACGUUUUGCCAAAUCAUGAUCCAGUAAACGUGAUUGAUAUUGCAAGUGCCUCCAUUGAGGAGUUUGGAAAUGACACGAAGCUGAAGAAUGAAAAAGUUCAUCAAAUACAGGCCACAAGUGGACAUCCACAAUUCAGUUGCCCCCUACUUCCUCUUUCACAACCCCCCAUCCAAAAACCUGAUUCUACCAACGCAUGCCAAAUGGAACCCGGAAAAAUUGAAAGUGGAAUAUCAUUCGGUCAUUCUGUGCCACGUAUGGAUAAAACGAGUAACAUUACAAUUUCCACAGGAGCUUCCAGUGCAAUAUCCUUAUCAGGUCUGUCAAUAAGUGAAUCCAAUACAAACAUUUCUGUAGUUGAUGCCCAAAACGACAGCAAUAUACAGUCAGAAAAUAUAUCAUCUUAUACAUCACACGAGGUACUUCCAAACCAAAAUGCAGCAUUUUCGCAUAAUACUGGAUCGACUUCACGGUCAACUAUUCCCUUGUGGAAUCAAUUUAAUACACAAACGCCCUCCCAAACGAACGAACACGACCUGGGUCCUGACAAUUGGACCACAUUCGACUCAAAAAAGGACGUUAAAUCGGAAUGGGUUCAUUUCAACAACAAUACUGUUGGAAAUAUUUCAGAUAGCAAUGCCCAUAAUGCAACAGCAUCGUCUGCACCAUUAUCUGUAUUUGAUUGGUCGAUAAGUGCAAUACAACCAACUCUUAUGUCACAUGAUGACACGACUCCUCAUCUUACAGGCGCUAUUGACGAUGUACCGACAUAUGAAAAUGCGACAAUUGAAGCAGUUGAGAGCAAUUAUAUGUCAAUGGAUGGUAACAGUGACAAGUUGAACCAACUCGACUACGAGUCCAUGGAUGAUUUUUUUAAAUGUAGUCAAUUUUGAUCUGAAUAUCAUCAUGACAAAGUCAUUAUAUCAAUAUAUAUACAGGGUGAUACAAAAAUGCAACCGUAAUUUUUGAAUAUUUUUUCGAUAAUGGGGGAAACUUUUUGAAUCAUAGUGAAGAUACUUAAAGCCCCCAUAUAAACUUUAAACCACUUUGACUUAUAUUGAAGUCUUACCAAAUGUUAUCAAAAUGUGAUUUGUGAAAUCUGUAUCAAAAAGUUGUUCUUGAAGG